GGCUCAAGUGUUCCAGAAGACGCGCUGCAUCAGGCACAGCAACCGCCAGGCAUGCCCAUGCCUCCGGUGUCUGCCGGCUUGAGAAAUAUCCUGUCCAACAAGUCGCUUGACAUGAAGGCCGAGAGCGAGGACAUGCCUCUGCGAAUGAAGGCAAUCGAAGAAAAGGUCGAUGUGAUGCGGCAGCAGUUUGAGGCAGGCAUAGGUGUGGAGGCGGCUUUUGCAGCUGGCCGCAUACCCUCUGGCGAGGAGCACCUCGCCCGCCCAGGCUUUUACCGUGCACAAUCAGGCUUUUCAGAUGGCUAUGCGGAGGCUCUCAUGGCCAAUUUGACUGCGCUGGACGGCCUUGACGCCGGCGAUUUGGCCCGCCGUUUGGAUCGGAUGGAUGCCAUGCUGCAGGAGUUGCUUUCGCUCAUGGUGCUGGGGCAAGGGCAGGCCCGCCCGUCACCAUGUCCGCAGAUUGUGACCUCCUUCGGCUCCCCUCGCUCUAGUCCGGCCCCUGCUUUGGCUGGGCCGGCCUCACCACCACAGGAUCUGACCCCGUGUCAGCCUUCUCAGCCCCCGCCGCCCUUGUCGCCCUCAGCGUCAAUGAGCAUGUCUGGACCAAUCGUGGGGGCCCUGCGUUCGGUCAAGGAGGAGACAUCCAUGGACUUGGGCAGGCUCCGAGAGAAAGAGAUGGUCGAAGGGGUCAUCACUCCGGAGGAUAUGAAGCCACACUCUGGCGGAAAGACCUUCGAGGUUGUCCUUGAACGGGAUCCCUCCACUCAGCCGUCCUGGGGUUUGCUUUGGGACAGAAAAAGCUUUAACAAGAAGAGCCGAGUCCUUGAGGCGGUGGUGCCUCAGACUCCUGCUGGUCUAUGGAAUCAGGAGCGAAGCCAAGUAGGAGAGGAACACUUGCAGAAGGGAGAUGAGCUGGUGAAGCUGGAUGGGCAGGAUGGCUGGGAAGCUUGCAAUCAGCUGCCAAAUCUGCAGAAAGUUCAGUUGGUCUUUCACAGACCUGACCAGGCAGAAAGAAAGGGAAGGCGCUCAUCCAAGGGCUCCUUGCGGGGAGAUGUCUCAAUGCAGGCAUCGCUUCGCAAGCAAAGGCAAAAUGUCAUGAGCACGUCUAGCACUGGCAGCGGCGGUUCUCGAGCUCAGGGUACCAGCCCUCCACCACACACGCCACAGACACCUUUGGAUUUGUCCAGAACAAUGGGAGAGCCACCUCGGCCUGGGAGGGGCGACGUGAGAAGCGAGGGGGACACCUCAGCAUUAAUCCAGGUGCUGAAGGACAACUUUGUGAGCCUGGAAGGUCAACUCGAGCGCCGGGAUGCGCAAGAUAUGCAAGACUCAGAGGUGAGCCCUUCUUCACGAGUGACACAGGACACCUCGCUCAUGGUAGAAAGGAUCAUGGAGCACUCAGCGGGUCGGCAACAAGCUGGCAAGCCGAACCUGACCUCAGUGAUUCAAGCCAACAAUUUUCGUGAGCUAUCCACGCUCGCAACUCUCAUUGUGAAGAAGGAGGAACUUCCGGCGAUACAGCAUGUGAGUUCACUCAUGGCCAAGAAUUCUCGAGGAGGUGAGCCUGGGUCUGCAGAGGUGACGGAGGCGGCAGAGUUCUUGCUGGAUUUGCUGACUUUCCUCAAAGCGAAGGCGCAAGAUGACCAACCAAGAGCCCCUCUACCACGGCCUUGACAAGGCCAUUCCUUGACAAAGUUUCAAGACGACAGCUAUGGACUCUAUCAAUGAGUCCAUUGGAUUGAAUUCGUCUCACUGUCAGCAAAGCUGAUACCAAGUACAGCUGCAUGUCUGCAGCCACGUGAAAGAGA